UUCAGUCGGUUUUGACGUGGUAGACGCGCGCGACAGUGAUAACACCUUUUUAUCUGCUCUUGGUGCAGGCAUCCCAAAAAACAAGCGAGUGUGGGACCGCUACGGUUGCGGGUGGCAGCGACUCUUACCUGCCAGUGCUAUCAUGCCGAUAUGGUAUAAAGUGCGAAGCCCCUUGAUCGUGCGAAAGCAUUAAAUGGAACAGGCGAAAAAAUUCGAGAGUGUCAACGAGACGGACUUGACCUUUCCGCCAGGCUGACGAGAGAUAACACUUAUUUCGACUAGGAAUUAGGAAGCGGGUUAGUGUUGUUCCCCGACCUAUCUCAACGUUUCAAACAGUUAGUUGGUCACGGACAAUUAUUUGUACAAGGUUGCGCGAGGUCUGAGGAAUUAAUUUGUAUAUUUUAAAUAGCCAGCAACGUCGAACCGAGCCCGAUAACUGUACAUCACACGGUUGUAUUGGAUGUUCCAUUUGCACUGAUUCAGAGGGGAAGAUAAUAUUAUGUCUGCCAAACGAAAGGCCUCCGCUAUUAUCCAACAUCACAAGGAAAAUUUGCCAACACCUGAAUCUUCUGAAGGGAAUGAGGAUGAACAUUAUGGAGGAACUGGGGCUAUGAAAGACAGCGACAAGCUCAAGUUGAUGCUCUUGGCGUGGAACUACCACAAUCAGGCCCAAGGAAAUAGAAACGGAAAUAGUGAUAUUCCAGACCUGUCCUCAGUACCUGGUGGUGAAGAGAUGGUAGGGCUCUGGGCGCAGUACCACUCCGCUCUGGGGUUGUCCAAGGGGAAGGCCACACCACCUGCCACGAGGGAUGUGCCUAGCCCGGUGAAUGCCGACACAGGUUCAGCCCACGACGAGACCAGUUCUAGCGGGAACAAAGAAGACGAAGACGAUGACGACGACGAAAGUGAUGACAAAAUCGACGCGCAGACCCACGAUCCGGAGAGGCUCAAGGCUUUCAACAUGUUUGUUCGGCUAUUUGUAGAUGAAAACUUAGAUCGAAUGGUUCCUAUUAGUAAACAGCCAAAGGAAAAAAUCCAGGCAAUUAUCGAUUCGUGUACAAGGCAGUUCCCAGAGUUCGCCGAAAGGGCCAGAAAAAGAAUUCGCACAUAUCUCAAGUCGUGCCGAAGGAACAAACGUGCCAGAGAUCCUAAUUCUCCGUGGGAUGCAACGAGGCCAACUCCAGCGCAUUUAACCUCAGUUCAGGCUGAACAGAUAUUAGCGACAGCAUGUGAAAAUGAAAGCCAUAAUGCGAAGAGAAUGAGAUUGGGACUUGAACCUGUCAGUCAACCAAUGCCAAUAUUACCUGGAACCCAGCCGACGGACACAACAGCUGCCAUUAAUAGAGGACUAGAUUUUUCCAGCAGUACACCCGUUAAGCUAGAAAGCGAUGCAGUUCCAAGUCCCUUCCCCUCAUCUACUACCCCCUCAAGUACCUCCAAUUCGGUUUCGAAGGUGUUAUCGGUAACCCCGGAUUUAAAAACGUCUUCACUAAGUGUGUCAAAUACAGGAGUGUUAGGGAAUGCAGGUAUGAACGGACUCGGUAUAUCGAGUACAGCGGGAUCGGCACCUACGGCUAUGUACAGGCCAAAUUUCACUCAGGCUUUUCAAAGGACAGGACCCUAUCCACUUUUUCCGGGUACUGCGCCCUUCGCAACUGGAGGACUGCUUGCAAACGGUCCUGCCGAUUUAAGUAUGAAACAAAAGCCGCUCCUAAAUCACAAAUUAAGUGCGGGAGAGAUGACUGCUGUCAGACAGCUAAUCACUGGGUAUCGUGAGUCUGCCGCCUUUCUUCUUCGGUCGGCGGAUGAACUGGAACAGUUACUACUUCAGCAGCAGUAAUAUAUUCUCAUGAUAAUUAUAAAAUGCCAUAAAGAAUUCAUAUGACAAAUAUCAUUAAUGAUAUUCUGUUGUAAUAUUGGGUAGAGGUAAAUGUCUGGUUACGUCAAAAAGUGUACAAACAAAAUUUUUGACAGUAAUUUGAAGUAAUCUUCAUUUAUACAUAGCAAUAUGUAAGUUUCAAGGUUGGUACUUUUUGUGUUAAGAAAUUACAGGGUUGCAAUUUUUUAAGAAUUUUUUCUACAAAUUUAUAUUUUAUUCUAGUCAAAAUAAGCGUCCAGUGUAUAUCUAAUUGAAAACUUGUGUGUAAUAGUAAUUUUUUUGAGUUUAUUAUAAUUUUUAUACACUUUUGAGAUUUAUAAAACGCAAGGCGUCCAAAUUUAGGAGAUACAGGAUGUUUACGUUUAAGCUAAAAAGUGUCUUCUCAAAUCUUCUAAAUACAUUAAGAUAUUGAUGUGAAAUUUUCUAUGCACGAAAAAUGUAAAUUUCUUUAUGCAUUUCUCUAGUCAUUUCUGUAAUGUAAAUUUUAUUUUGAACUAAAAUGAUUUUCAUGUAGCUUUUACCAUUUUUGUAUAAAUCGGCAAUUUGUAAAGAUGAUCCGUUUACAUAAAGUUUACAAAACAUGACACGUCUGUGCCUCAAUACAGUUUGAAAAUUUUACAAAUAUGGUUAUAUUUUAUAAAAAUGAGGCGGAAAUAUUCUUCCAUUGGUUGGCCAUAAUAGUUGAGGAAAAUAUAACCAGUAUUGAUUAAUUUUAGUAUUAGGCAUCCAAUUCUAAAAGUAAAACAAAGAGUUGGACUUUUUAAACAAUAUUAUUUGCGAUAUUUUAACUAAAAGUUAGUAAUAUUUUCUAUUUACAGUACGAUGGUUUGUCGAGUUGUUGUGCCGUGGCCUAUGUAUCUGGUCCCCUCCAGUUACACAACUACCUUUUGCUUCCUUAGCUAUAGCUAGAAAUCUUUGACCUGCUCUUGUCAUUCUCGGGAUAGGUUCUGUGGGCCUACAGACAGAUUCCUAACUAAGGCUAAGAAAGUGAAAGGUAAUUCUGUAACUUGCGGCGACCAGGUACAUAAACCAUGGCAUAAUAACCAAAAAACCAUCAUACUUUAAAUAUGAGGUAAAAGUCAAAGUACUUUCAAUAUAUUCUAAUUUAGCAUCUCUAGAAACUGUUCAGAAACUUACAGAAAAGUACUGAAGAUAUGGGUAUCCAAACAAUUAGUUUUUUUACUUUGUCAAAUUCUUAAAAAACCUCUUUUUCUAGCCGUUAAAAAAUAUAAUAUAUACAG